GAAGGCGGCGUGCAAGGUGCUGCUGCAGGUUCCCAGCUUCGUCAUCCCAUAGCGCUGGUCACCCCGCUGUGUGUCAUCGCUGUUGUCGGCGGCUACAAGUCCCCGGACUACUUCAAACAACUCUGGGCGGCGGUAACAUGCCUUGGGUGGAUUUAGGUAUCCUACAACUGCUGGACUUUUUUGAGAGACUUCAGCAAGGUCUACUGGGUGCCUGCUGGCUUUGCCGCUACAUCAGCCUCCUGUACAUCGAACACACAUGGACCCCCCGGGUUGAGAGGAUGGCGCGUACUGACAAACUUUUCUCCAAACCGCUGUACUGUGGCAUCCUCCUGGACCAGUCGCUGCUACUCAACAGGCGGAUAGACGAAGAUGACCCCAGUGAGCAAGCGUCCUUCGGCAAAUGGUUGGAAGCCCCCGAGAACAAGGAGCGGUGUCGGGACGACCUGGAGACGGCCACGGACAAGCUGCGCAAAGACACGACGCCCUUCAUCUACAUCUGCGCCACCAUGUGGCACGAGUCGGAGACAGAGAUGAUCAUGAUGCUCAAGUCUAUAUUUAGACUGGACGCCGACCAGAGCGCCAGGAGGAGCGCUCAGCUGUUCUUCGAUGUCACGGACCCUGAUUAUUAUGAGUUUGAAGCUCACAUCUUCUUUGACGAUGCCUUCGAUGAACACAAAGACGACGAUUACAACUACGCCGUCAACAGCUUUGUCAAGCAGCUCGUGCGAGUUGUGGACACCGCAGCCAGCGCCGUCCACAAGACGGACCUGCACAUCGCCAAACCCCGCAAAGUGCCGACCCCAUACGGAGGCCGCCUGGUGUGGAAACUUCCCGGAGGCAACACCCUUACGGCUCACCUCAAGGACAAGGCGAAAAUACGUCACAGGAAACGCUGGAGUCAGGUGAUGUACAUGUACUACUUUCUGGGCUACCGGCUUGUAGCCGAUGAAAGCAUUUCAUUCGGGAGCCGCAAGCUGAGGGCCCACAACACCUUCCUGCUGGCUCUCGACGGCGACGUGGAUUUCCAGCCCGAGGCCAUCAAGAUCCUCGUCGACCGCAUGAAACAGAACCCGCUGCUGGGGGCGGCCUGCGGCAGGAUCCACCCCAUCGGCGCGGGCCCCAUGGUGUGGUAUCAGAGGUUCGAGUACGCCAUCAGUCAUUGGCUGCAGAAGGCAACGGAGCACGUGCUGGGGUGUGUGCUGUGCAGCCCCGGAUGUUUCUCUCUCUUCAGAGGCUCGGCGCUCAUGGACGACAACGUCAUGAAGCGUUACACCACGCCGCCAUCAGAGGCACGUCACUACGUGCAGUACGACCAGGGUGAGGACAGGUGGCUGUGUACACUGCUCCUACAACAAGGGUACCGCGUCGAGUACUGCGCUGCCUCCGACUCCUUCACCUUUGCCCCCGAGGGUUUUUACGAGUUCUACAACCAGCGACGGCGCUGGACGCCGUCCACCAUGGCCAACAUCAUCGACCUGCUCAGCGACUGGCGCAACACCACCAAGCGCAACCAGGACAUCUCCGUGUUGUACAUGGUGUAUCAGCUCUUCGUGCUGUGCUCCGGUAUCAUCACCCCGGGUACCAUCUUCCUUCUCAUCGUGGGUGCUAUCAGCAACGCCACCUCGGAUAGCAUUCCUCUGUACGGAGCCUUGACUCUCAACAUCCUGCCUCUCGCAGUCUUCGUCAUCCUCUGCUUCAAGGCGAACACCAACACACAGCUGGCCUACGCCUCGGUGCUGUCGCUGGUGUACACCAUCAUCAUGAUGCUGGUGCUGGUGGGGCUCAUCAAGCAGGCGGCGGAGAACGGCUUCUGCUCGGUGUCGACAUCUUUCCUGGUGGGCGUGGCCUCCAUCUUCGUCUUGACGGCGAUGCUGCACCCCAUGGAGUGCACGGCCCUGCUGCACGGCUGCCUGUACUUCCUUUCCAUCCCCUCCAUGUCCAUGCUGCUGAUGAUCUACUCACUUGCCAACCUCCACGUGGUGUCGUGGGGAACACGAGAGGUCAAGACUGCUGCCCCCCCGCCUUCCGCAGCCAAGGCCAAAGAGACGGAGGCGAAGCCGAAAGCUGACAACUUCCUGAAGAGCGCUCUGGCCAAACUAACGGACGGCAGCGUCGGUGACUCCGACUACGCCUUCUCCUUCGGCAACCUCUGCCGCUGCCUGUGCUGUCCGCGAGAGGGAGCCAGCGCCACUGACAUGAAGUUCAAGGCCAUACUGCAGAGUCUCGACGACCUUGACAGUAAAGUGACGGAGCUGACCAAUGGCUCAGUGGGAGACGGAACUCUAGGUGAGGUCAGUGACAUCGGAGACGAGCUUCCUCCUAUGCCGACCAAUGAACGCUUUUCCCACAACGCUCACCUGAUUGAAGGAGGCAUUCAGAAAGAUAACCCAAUGUACUUACACGUUGCUAGCGAGAUCCGAGACGAACUUAUCAACCCCAAGUGGUCCGAAGAUGAAGAUCUUGGAGAUGGACCAAGAGAGAGAACCAUAGUUGAUGAAACGGAGUUCUGGCAGGCACUCAUCAAGCAGUACCUGUAUCCACUAGACAAGAACGAACAGCAGGAGAAGCAGAUAAAAGAAGAAUUGCUGGAGCUGCGCAACAAGAUGUGUCUGGCUUUCUUCCUCAUCAACUCGCUCUUCAUCGUGCUCGUCAGCGCCCUGCAGAUCAUCUCCUCGAAUGCCACCAACCUCUCUGUCAAGAUCCCUUGCGCAGGCGAUUCCAGCUUCACAGGUGAGAAGAUCGAACCCAUCUCCGUGGCCUUCACCCUCGUUUUCGGCAUACUGCUGACCAUGCAGUUCUUCGCGAUGCUUUUUCACAGGUUCUCCACGCUGCUGCAGAUCAUCUCAAUCACAGAGAUCAAGGUGCGCAAGAUCACCCGCCAGGUGCUGGGCAUAGACGACGGCGCCACACAAGGCCUGACGGUGGAAGAGACCAUCGGGCUGGUCAAGCAAAUGCAGUCCAUUCGCCCGGACACUCCUGAGGCAGAAGGUGACGGUGAGCAGUCCGAGAAGGACCCCGGCACGCCUGUCGGUACCUAUGGCCGGGUGAGGUCUGGGGCUGCUCUGUGGGACAAGCUCAACGCCCGCAGGAAGAAAGGAGAGAUUAAAGAUCAGACCCUCAGCAAGGCCUUCCUGCGCAACUACGACAGACUGGCUGAGCUCAUCCGCCAGCAGGACGCCCAAGAAGAGCAAGUAACGGAGAAGGAGGACGACUUCCGCAACCUGGACCGCAAAUCGCGCAAGACGAUCGUUAAGGUCAUCAAGGACGAUAAUUACAAGGACCACAUCUUGCAACGGUCGAACGAGAGCAAGAAUCGCUUAAGAGGCGUUGUUAGCAAGGUCAUGGGAAAAGGAUCAAGGCUGUUCGACGUGGUUCAGAAGGCACAAGAGCAAGAGAGGCGCAUGGACUUUGGGGAGGAGCAAGAUGAGGUCAACGAAGAGCGUCAGAGAAGGUCCCCCCGGCAGUCACAGGUCUGUAUCCAGGUCCCCGGCCGGCAGUCACAGGUCUGCCUCAAGGCGACGGAAGCCUUCUCCCAAGUCCACUCCCGUCAUGCUGCGAUUGGCCCGCCUGUUGAAGCAGAAGCAGGCGGAGGGGGCUGGGGCUCCGGGGACGACAGCAGCGGAAGUGGCGCGUACUCCGCCAGGAAGUGCGGCCAGCAGUGUCCGGGGUCAAAGGACACGAGUUGAGCACGCGCCAGAUUUCGAGCAGGAUGACCGAGGCUUCCUGCGCCCGCCAUCUGCGAGUUUUCAUUUUGCAGAAAUGGCUGGAGGGGAUUCCCCAGACACCUAUCAAACCGUUCCCCACAUGGAGCCCGGCUCACCCAGGCUCAGUAGAGCUUCCCUCCGGGUGACACCCGGCUCUGACCUCGACUCCCCCCGUACCUCCCUCAAUAUGACCCCAGACUCCCCCAGCAUGCCGAGACUGUCGUCUGCCAUGGACGAGGGCUCCUUAGACGCCAGUGGUGAUCUCCUUCAGUCGACGGGCGUGUUUGAGAUGUAGCUGUCACACAGAGAAUACUAACUGGCUGUUGACUGGGUUGUAAUAUGGACAACAUGCCAACCUCAACAAUCUACAGAAAAAAAACUAUCUUGACCUUCAUACAACGAUCGCGAUAAAGACUUUAUGUACGAUGAUUAUGAUGAAGACUUUAUGUACGAUGAUUAUGAUCAAGACUUUAAAUACGAUGAUUAUGAUGAAAACUUUAUGUACAGUGAUUAUGACCAAGACUUUAUGUACAGUGAUUAUGAUCAAAACUUUAUGUACAGCGAUUAUGAUGAAGACUUUAUGUACAGUGAUUAUGAUCAAGGCUGUGAGCCUUUCCUACAAGGAGUCUGGCAAUGAGGUUAUUUAUAUCUGGCACGUUAUUUAUAUCAAAGAUGUCAUGUCAUGUCAUGCAAUAGCCAAGAGAUGUACAUUAGCAGCACUGUAUUGUUAGUAAGAUCUCAUAAAAAUAAAUUAAAGUUAGGGUUAAAGGUCAAGGUCUUAUUUUGGUGUACCGUUAGCGGCCUGCACCGAGUUCUCUGUAUAACAUGACGAUACUCUUCCUGUACCUCUUGGUGGAAGUUGCUAGAUCUCUGUAAAUGUUACAGUAAAUUAUCCUUAAUUGUCCGCUGGCAACACGAACUCUAAAUAUAGUGAAUUAUCGGUAAUGACAGUCCGCUGGCAACACGAACUCUCAAUGUAGUAAAUUAUCCGUAAUGACAGUCCGCUGGCAACAAUGUAGUAAAUUAUCCGUAAUGACAGUCCACUGCAACACGAACUCUGGAUGGAGUGUUAGUGUGAGUUUACUAUUAUUUGUACAGAAGGUCCUCACCGCCUCAACUCACUGCUUUCAAACUCCCAGGAGUUUGCGAGGACAGCAAGGUUCAAAUACCACGUGACUGUUGGAAACUCGUGACAGCCUGUGCAGUAUGCACGACGUAAGGUGACGUAGGAGCCACGUACACGUGUAACAACGGCGGUGCUUGUAGCGCCACAGACUGUUGAAGCAGUUCCUCCUGUAACAUCAGUGCUACCAGCUCAUGUAAUGUCGUGUAUGUAAUCAAUGUAAUGCUGUAACAUCAGUGCUACCAACUCAUGUAAUGUCGUGUAUGUAAUCAAUGUAAUGCUGUAACAUCAGUGCUACCAGCUCAUGUAAUGUCGUGUAUGUAAUCAAUGUAAUGCUGUAACAUCAGUGCUAAAUCAACGAGUUGAUGCCAAGUAACACGAACUGUGGGAUAAAAGGAAGUAUGGGGGGUUAGCUUGCUAUCAGCGAAUAAACAUGACAGUGAUUGGA